AUGGCUCUCACAUUAUUAGUAAACACCAUUCUUUUGGCUAUCCCACUGGGAGGCUCCGUGGGCACACUCGUCGGCAUUGAUGCGCAUCUCGCGGCGACCGGCCAAAAGCCGCUCUUCAGCAGCGACGGUACUUCGGACGGAUCUGGAGGCAGCUCAGGAGGCAGCACCGGCGGUGGCUCUGGAGGCAGUGGCAGCACCACAAAUAACGGCCUCACCAACACUCAAUACUGUGAAACAUCUUUUGGUAUCUCUCCGCCUUCGCAAGGAGAGCAGUACACACUCAAUCCCAACCAGUGGGGUGUUACCGACUCGACGACUGGUGCUCUGUGCAUGAAUGUCACCACUUUCAAUAAUGAGACCUACCCGACCAAGACCACAGCACCGGACUGGUCGGUGACCUGGCAAUUUGAUCCUGGUCCCGAGACUCAACCUGUCCACGCCUUCCCCAAUAUUCAGAUCGAAGAUGUCCUGCCUGUGGCGCUUGACAAGAUGGAGGAGAUCGACUUCAAUCUCCACUGGACCUACGGCGUGGGCAACACCGUUGCCGAGUCCACCGACUUCACCGCACUCGACAGCGAAUCCCUCCAAUGUAAUGUUGCUGUCGAUAUGUUCUUUGACAGCGACAAGGCCACCGCCCAGGGCAGUACUACUGCCCAGUUCGAGGUCAUGGUAUGGUUUGCGCGUUUUGGCGCCUCGUCCGAUCCCAUCGGCUAUAGUGAUGGUGUGGUCACAAACCAUACCAUCAAUGGCACAAUAUUUGGCCUCUACACUGGCACAAAUAGCAACAACCAGACUGUCCUCACAUGGAUUGCCUCGGAAAAGACAGAGCAGUUCCAGGGAGAUAUCUACCCAUUGAUCACAGAUCUCUACACCCUAUCAGGGACUACCUAUCCGUCAAAGACAGACUACAUGGGCAUCUUCCAAUUCGGUACCGAAGCAUUCUCUGCCGAUACCAACGUCACAUUCGGGGUAUCGGAGCUGUCUGUCGACAUUAAGAAGUCAUGA